AUGAUUUACAUGAUUUUUGUGCCGCUAGUAUUAUUGGCUAUUCUUGUGUACUAUUUCGGUACUCGGAACCUCGACUAUUGGGCCAAGAGGAAUGUCAAGCACGACCCGCCCGUGUUCCUAUUCGGAAACAACUUCAAGGGCUUCUUCGGACAGAAAAGCUUUACAGAGGUAGCCAACGACUUAUACAACCGGUUUCCUAACGAGAAAGUUGUCGGUUACUACAGAGGAUCCACUCCCGAGCUGUACAUAAGAGACCCAGAUAUAGUGAGGAAUAUAUUAAGCAAUGACUUCGCAUAUUUCCAUCCACGGGGCGCCGGCAGGAAUCCGGACGUCGAGCCGUUGCUGGCGAAUCUGUUCCACGCAGACGGCGACCUGUGGAAGCUAAUGCGGCAGCGGCUGACGCCGGCGUUCACCAGCGCGCGGCUGAAGGCGAUGUUCCCGCUGGUGGUGCAGUGCGCGGAGCGGUUGCAGGACGUGGCGCGCGCGGCCGCGGCCCGUCCCGGCGCCUGCGACGUGCGCGAGCUCAUGGCGCGCUUCACCAUCGAGUUUAUCGGCGCCUGCGGCUUCGGCGUCGAUACCGACUCCCUUCGCAACGAAGACUCCCAUUUCAGUAAGAUCGGCAGGCUCUUAUUUGCCAGGCCGGUUCUGUUCAUAAUAAAGUUCAUGAUGUGGGAAAUUUUCCCUCCGCUAAGAUCCUACAUUCAUGUAUUUGAUCGGAAACUCGAUGUAUCUUUUUUUGAUUUCGUAAAGAAUUUAAGAGAUGCUAGGCAAUGCAAGCCCUCCGGCCGCCAUGAUUUUAUAGACCUGCUCCUGGAAUUAGAAGUCAAGGGAAAGAUCGUAGGAGAAUCAAUUGAACACCAGAACCCGGACGGUACGCCUGUGACUGUGGACAUGGAAAUGGAUUUGAAAAUGAUGGCAGCCCAAGUGUUCAUAUUCUUUGCCGCGGGUUUUGAGACGUCCUCGACUGCCACAAGUUAUACUUUGCACCAGCUCGCGUUUAACCCUGAAUUACAAUUAAAAAUACAACUGGAGAUCGAUGAAGUGCUUCGGAAAUAUGAUAAUAAGUUGUGCUACGACGCCGUGGCGGAGAUGACGCUGCUGAGCAUGGCUUUCAAGGAGGCGAUGAGGAUGUUUCCGCCGGGGGGCGUGUUGGCUCGCGUGUGCGCUCGGUCUUACACGUUCCCUGAGCUGGGCCUGACUGUGGAUCCCGGAGUGAGGGUCGUAAUACCGUUGGAAGCGCUGCAGAAUGAUGAGAAAUACUUCGACAACCCGCGGCAGUUUCAGCCAGAGAGAUUUAGUCCGGAAAAAGUAAAAAAGCGACAUAAAUAUGUGUAUUUGCCCUUUGGAGAUGGACCCCGUGCAUGCAUAGGAUCGAAAAUGGGCGAGAUGCAGUCGCUGGCCGGGCUGGCGGCGGUUCUACAGGCGUGCAGCGUGGCCCCGGCGUCGACCACACAGCGGGCGCCGUCGGUGGACUCGCGAUCUAAUACCGUUCAGGUUUUGAGGGGAGGCCUACCGCUCCAGCUUACUGUUAGGAGCCAAUGA